AUGGUGGAAGUAAUAAACAACUACACCCCUCCCCCUCCCAAAGGACCCGUAACUCUCCCCGAUCCCGAUGCUCCGUACGACCUCAACUUUCGCUUCCCAGUAAGGGAGCUCGAAUCGGACAAACUAAAGCUCGUCCCAUUUGUGCCUUCUAUUCAUGGCCAGGCCUUGGUCGAAGGCAUGAAGCCCCACCCAGAGCUCCUUCAGUAUCUGCCCUGGAAUCCGUUUGACACGCUUCACGAAUUCGAACUUCAUUUCGAGCAGCGCAUCCGUAGUGAUCCCACGUGGAUGGUCUAUGCGUUGCUCGACAAGUCAAAGAUCAUCCCGGGACAAGUGCAUGGCCAGCUCGCAGGGACAAUUGGGUACCUACGCGCCUCGCCCGAAACGGCGAGUGUCGAGAUCGGGUACGUGAUCGUGCUCCCAUCGUAUCAGCGCACAUUUGUCUCGACGCACGCGAUCGGGCUGUUGCUUGAUUAUGCGCUUCAAAAACCGGGCGAUGGCGGAUUGGGUUUGCGCCGUGUGCAAUGGAUGGCGCAUGUGGACAAUAAGCCAAGUGUACGAGCGGCGGAGCGGAUGGGAUUCAAAAUGGAGGGAGUUCUUCGGUGGGAUCGAACCGUACCGGUCGACAAAGCGAAUGGGCUUAAACCUCGCGAAGAUGACGUGAUCCAAUUGAAAGGGCGUCAUUCAGCUAUACUAUCAAUGUGUUGGGACGAUUGGGAAGGUGGGGGACGAGAACAUGUUUACAAAAUAAUGGCGAGGAGAUCGUGA